GCUUCCGUCCGUUGUCGUUGGAGGGAACGCGUCUGGGCCGUCCGAUUCUACGCCCUGACCCCCGCGCCCGCUAUAAAGGCCGCUCCCUUUCUAGGGCAAUUUCUCGCGUUUCAUCUGCACUCCUCUCUCAUCGCGACGGGCCGCUCGCUCUAGUGAGGCACCAACCUCGAAGAUCAAGCAGCCAUGAGGGAGAUCCUGCACAUCCAGGGCGGCCAGUGCGGCAACCAGAUCGGCUCCAAGUUCUGGGAGGUGGUCUGCGACGAGCACGGCAUCGACCCCACCGGCCGCUACGUCGGCACCUCGGACCUCCAGCUCGAGCGCGUCAACGUCUACUACAAUGAGGCCUCCUGCGGCCGCUUCGUGCCCCGCGCCGUGCUCAUGGACCUCGAGCCCGGUACCAUGGACAGCGUCCGCACCGGGCCCUACGGCCAGAUCUUCCGCCCCGACAACUUUGUGUUCGGCCAGUCCGGCGCCGGCAACAACUGGGCCAAGGGGCAUUACACAGAGGGAGCUGAGCUCAUCGACUCGGUUCUCGAUGUCGUCAGGAAGGAGGCGGAGAACUGCGACUGUCUCCAAGGCUUUCAAGUUUGCCAUUCCCUUGGAGGAGGCACUGGAUCUGGAAUGGGCACACUGUUGAUCUCCAAGAUCCGAGAGGAGUACCCUGACAGGAUGAUGCUGACGUUUUCUGUGUUCCCGUCACCCAAGGUUUCAGACACAGUUGUUGAACCCUACAACGCCACACUCUCUGUCCAUCAGUUGGUUGAGAAUGCUGAUGAGUGUAUGGUUCUUGACAAUGAGGCACUCUAUGACAUCUGCUUCCGAACCCUGAAGCUCACCACUCCUAGCUUUGGAGACCUGAACCACUUAAUCAGUGCGACCAUGAGUGGUGUCACAUGCUGCCUUCGCUUCCCUGGCCAGCUGAACUCUGAUCUCAGGAAGCUUGCAGUCAACUUGAUCCCGUUCCCCAGGCUUCACUUUUUCAUGGUUGGGUUUGCACCACUGACCUCACGUGGCUCCCAGAUGUACCGUGCCCUCACCGUCCCUGAGCUCACUCAGCAAAUGUGGGAUUCAAAGAAUAUGAUGUGUGCUGCUGACCCCCGCCACGGUCGUUAUCUGACAGCCUCAGCUAUGUUCCGUGGUAAGAUGAGCACCAAAGAGGUUGAUGAGCAGAUGAUCAAUGUGCAAAACAAGAACUCGUCCUACUUUGUGGAGUGGAUCCCACACAACGUCAAGUCCAGCGUCUGUGACAUCCCGCCGCGUGGCCUCUCCAUGGCCUCCACCUUCGUCGGCAACUCAACUUCCAUCCAGGAGAUGUUCCGCCGUGUGAGCGAGCAGUUCACGGCCAUGUUCAGGAGGAAGGCUUUCUUGCAUUGGUACACGGGUGAGGGCAUGGACGAGAUGGAGUUCACUGAGGCCGAGAGCAACAUGAACGACCUGGUCUCCGAGUACCAACAGUACCAGGAUGCGACGGCUGACGAGGAGGGUGAGUAUGAGGAUGAGGAGGAGGCUGUCCAGGACGAGUAAGUUACGGAAGUGCCUGUUGUAUAACGAUCCCCCCUGUCUUUAAGCUGGAGCUUUGCCUAUGUUUGGGUUUAUCAUUCUUCUCUAUGCUAUGCCUAUAUGUUAAGUAUGUAGUAGUGCCGUGGUAGCAUACUGCCGCUACCAGAUGGGACAUGUUUUUCUGCUUGUUCUGUAUGCUAUCGCAUAUAUGGGAAGAGUAUUGGCCACCUUGCAGUUUUCUUUAUUGUGAAUGGAAUUAUUGGUGCUUAUCUGCUA